AUGAUGAUUGUGAAGAAGGAGAUGGCAGAUAUGAAGAUGGAGAUGAAGGAUAUGAAGAAGGUGAUCACAGAUUUGAAGAAGGAGAACAUAGAUAUGAAGAAGGAGAUCACGGAUAUGAAGAUUCAAAAAGAUUGUGGUGAAGCAGAGGAAGAGUAUAAGAAGACGAUCCAUGAUGCGAGCAAACAAUGUGAAGAGACCAUGAAACAGGAAAUCAUGAUAGCGAAGCAGAAUAUCUUGAGUGCGAGUAAAGAAAAUUGCAAUAUAGUAGCGUCAGAUCUUGGGAAGACGAUCAAAGAAGGAUUUGAAGCGUUGGAGACUAAAAUAAUGCUUGUCAUUACAGAUUGUGUUCAAAAUAUGCCAUAUGAUUGA